CCAACAAGUCGUGAAAGAGUUUCUGGACUUGUCAGAUUGAACAGACGUAGAGUUAGAUCUACAGUUUCAAGCAUACGGAGUUGGUCAGCCUGGCCUAAUGGAGAGUAUAAGCCUGGCGUCUAUGGAAAGAGAUGGUACCUUGGUUUCUUCUCUUUUGGUCUCCUAGGAAGUGGAGGAAGCCUCCUAUUGCUUAUGCAAAAUCUUUCUUUGCACCAGUCUGCAGUAGUAGAACCUGAAAACUGUAGAUACAGAAAAUGGAGAGCUCAACUGGGCAAAAUGUUUCAGCCCACUGAACCUGUUGCUGCAUUUACAGACUUCGAGGAAUGGUUCACUUUUCAAUAUGUGUCAUUUACAUCAGCAAGAGAUGUUCCUUGGGGAGAUGAGUCUGAGGCUGGUCAGGAAAAACACUUUUUGGGGUGGCUGUUUCCAUGGGAGCUAUCCAAAAGCGACAAUCCAUGGGUGCUUCUGCAGUUGACAAAGUCCACCAACUUCUGGAUCAGACAGAUGGGCGUGGCAUCCCUUGCUAGUAAACUUCACUGGGAAGACUACAAGUACAGAGGUAUUGCUCAAGCUUGCGAGCCUCGCACAACGGUCGCCCUGGCUCGAUACCCUUCCGCUAAGGAUGCUUUCUUUCUUCCUCCACCAAGACUUCAUGACUCACAGCGCGAUGUCCUGUUGGACUUGAAGCAUCAGCUGUCUCAACUACCAGUACCAAACUUUGCAUCUAGUAUUUCUUACUUCCGCACCAUUGCCUUAGACCCAGAAAUUAUGUUUCAGAGAGACCCAGUGACUAUGGACAUGGAUGUGAUCACUCACAUGUAUACCUUGCCUGGAGAAGAUGAAAAGAAGAGGGAAAGAAAAUUGACAUUUUGUUUAGAAGCUGUUCUAGCUUACACUGCUGUCCAGGAGUAUGCCCUACAGUUUGUGGAGAAUCAUGGCCUGUCUGUUCUUCAACGUCUUCAGCAAGUAAUCACCGACUCCUGGGUACAGAUUUACAUCGCUUCCAUCCUUGCCAAUUUGUCACAGUGUCCCUCUCUCCUUGAUAUUAUUGUCCAGACAGGCUGGGUGUACAUUCUCCGCCAGUGGGCAGCCUCAGAGGAUGCAUUUCUCUCUCUUCUGGCUUUGACCACUCUGGCCAACUUGGACCAGGACUGGACCUCUCAUGACUUUUUCCAGGACAUGAUUUUGAUACAUCCAACGCAGAGGAACAGUAAACCAGCAAAAGCAGACAUUGUGUUUGUGCAUGGACUGAGAGGUGGUGCAGUAAGAACAUGGCGUCAAAAGGAUAAUGAUGAAGGAAUCACUUCACAAUGUUGGCCUAAGGACUGGUUGGCUGCUGACUGCCCACACAUUCGAAUCCUCAGCAUUGGGUACAAUUCAAGUCUGCAUCGCUGGGGGGACUAUUGCCCUUUUGAACAAGACAAACGAACCCUCGAAGGUCGAGGACACGAGCUGAUGAAAAAGCUAAAGCAAGCCGGUGUUGGCUCAAGACCCAUAAUCUGGGUUGGGCAUUCUAUGGGAGGUCUCCUCAUCAAACAAAUACUUGCUCUGAGUGGAGAAGAUCAAGAGUCGUCUGAUCUGAAGUCCAAUACCAAAGGCAUUGUUAUGUAUAGUGUUCCCCACCACGGCUCUGCCAUUGUGGACGCCAUGAUGUACGCAAAGUAUUUACUCUUCCCAUCUGUUGAAGUGCAAGAGCUCCUGACUACCUCCCCCAGACUGAGCGACCUGCAUGAUCAGUUUCUCAACUUUAUGACUACACACUCGGUGCCUCUGCUUAGUUUCGGGGAAAACGCAAAGACCGCUGUGGGAAGGCCUCUACCCAAGCUUUUAGUUGUCCCUCCAGGUUCUAGCGACCCUGGUUUUGGCAAGUUUGUCAGUUUACCUGUCAACCACAUCAACACAUGCAAGCCUCACAGUGAAAACGACAUCUCCUAUCAGCUGACUGUGGCUUUCAUCAAGGGUGUCAUUGAUAGGCUGGCGUAGCGGGUUGUGGUGUAGGAAAUUGUUGACAAACUCAAAACACUGGUGCAUUUUUCUGUAAAGGUCUGCAUAGAUGAAACAUAUAAGCAUUGUCUUAAUUGUCUGUCUUUGUUUCAACCCAUGUGUCAAAGCUUUUUAUGGUUUAAACCCUUUCAGUCUCAAUUUUGAUGAUCGUCGAAUUUGGGAUUGACUCCCAUUUUUGACGAUAGCCGAAAAUGCAUUGCUUCUUUCACUAAUAGAAUUUUUAUAUCGGCUAUUUAAAAUAAACGAGAGUUCCCGUUCUUUGUUGGCCACAAGCUACCCUUCCAUUUUAGCAUGGUUUUCGAAGUGAAGGGUAUGUUGGAGAAGAGUGCCAUUUUCUUUUCCCAAAACUUUGGUAUUCUGAUGUUCUCUUCUGCAUGUCUUCUAGAACCUCAUGAGUUUGAGAGUAUAUGAGUGUUUAUUGAAAAAUUACACUUUUUAUAAAAAGUUUGUUGAAAGUUGGCUUUUUUUAUUUAGUAAAAAUUCUUUUGAUAAAAAAAAAAUGAAAUUACAGUGUAAUAGAAUAUUAAUUCCAGAGUAAUAGUGACAUUAGAAAAUAUGACCUGGAAUGGAAUAGUUGAAGGGUUUAAUGACAAAGGUUUUCUUGACCCAAUGUUUGUGAAACGUAGAGCUAAAUUGAGAGCUCCAAUUGGCUCACUGGAUAAAGUGCAUUUUGCUAUGAACUAUAAAAAGUGAAUAGUGCGUUUUGCAAAAACACAAAAAUUUGAUCCUCAUAAAAACAUGGUUUGAGCACAUUUUGUCACAAACAAUCUACUAUAUUAGAUAAAGUCAUUAGUCAGGUCGCAAAUGAUAGAGAUAACUCAGUUUUUGUUAAAUCGACCUGGGGUGCAUUUUGCCAUGAAACCUUUCAAUAUGAUACAAUUUAAAGACCAAAAAACGAACGAAAAUCUGAACGUGUGUGAGCCAUUUUAGGAAUUGGGCUGUUGAUGAGUCAGUAUUGGUCUUUUAUUUAAUUUUUUUUUUUCUAUCUUGAAAAAAUUAUACUGAUUUAUACUGUGUUCUCUCGGUGUGUGAAAUUUUAUGGCAGCAGAAACUGUAUUUGUAAAUGCAAUUCAAUGUUUUGGCGAGGGUUCAUUGUGCUUUCAAUCUCAGUUUACUUUUUCAAACAUUUACUUGGGCAUGGAUUCAUCCCCCUGCUGUUUGUUCUUUAAUCGUUUGUGUAGAUUAAAUUAGAUUUGUAAUGGGGAUAUAUGGUUCUGACCUUGUAUGGCUUUUUUGUGCCCAUGCCCUUACAUGUUGUUGAAUCUAUGGUUCUCGACAGCGGUUGUCGGUGUUGAUUUGAAGAGUUAUAUAUACUGAAAAAGAACAUUGGCAGCUACUUUCUGCAGGAUAAGAUUUGUUCAAACUUUUAAAUUCCGGUCUUGUCUUUUUAUGCAAAUUUAAAUAUUAUUGGUAUCUUACCAGAAUGGCUUUUUAAAUUGUAGCCUAUGCAAAUGGCACAGCGAGAAUUAUGCCCUUAUGGCCGUACUCAUCUUUGGUGCCCUUUUAGUCUGUUACUGUAUUGAAAGGAUUUUCGACAAAGGAAAAGAACAUUUUUACAUUGCACCAAUCCAGCCCAGUUCAUGGUAUUGAGAAUUGCUCUGUAAGACUCUUUGCCAUGAGAAGAACUUGAAAGCAGAGUUGCUUUACUGUCUAGUUUAACUCUUUUUCAAAACUUUUUUCUUAUUCAUGACUCUAUAUAUUUAAGAAAUACAUGAACAGAUUCAUAAAAAAUACUUUUGUUCUUAUUAUGAAGUGACCAAAUCUUUGAAAGAAAAUGUCCCUCCAUUGCAGUUAUGUAUGCUUGUUAAAGUUUAUUGUUACAAUAUUUCCGUGAGGUUAUUUUCUAUAUUAGAUAAGAGAUUUAUUUAUCGAACAUAUUACAUAUAUUUUAAUGACUUUUCCUCCCACUAAUCCUGCAUCUGCUUUUGUACUGCCUACUUUUACUGAAUAUUUAAGGUAUUUGUCAACAUGUUUAUUUUUGUAUAUGGUAGGCUGCAUCAAACAACUUUCGGAUAAGGAAAUGAUGGUAGUCGAAAGAAAGAAAAGUUUCGAGUAAUUGGCUUGUAUAAGUUUUGGUGAAGUCUAAGACAGCCACCCAUUGUCAAGAAGAAAAAUAGCUGUCUUAGACAUAUGACCAUGGUAGGCAGGACGGAUCAUAAUGGGGGGAAGAAAACACAAAAAAGACAUUCCCUUCAGAAAUCCCAAUUGGAGGUAGUUGCAGGCUUCCUACUGGCAUAAGGCCCAUACAAAUUUAUUUAUUUUCUUUUGGGAGGAGAUUAGAAAGGUGCAGCUGUUGUUAGUGUUGAAUUCUAUGAAGUGUAUCAGACUAGAAGACAGUGUGCAAGGGUAAAACGGAAUGAAAUGAGUCCGAUGAGAAAGCCUGAAUGCAUUGGUUAAAUUUAAACAAACAGACAGGUUGCCACCACUCAGUGGACUAGCAACACUGCUGUCGCAAGUUCAUGUUAACGUUCAUUGUUAUCAACUUAGUAAACAGAGCGACUUCUCAUCUCGCUUAUGAUUUGUAUAUGGUUAGAGUUGUGGGUGGGGCUAAUAGAUCAUGACGGUCCAUAUGCCUCCUAAACUAGCAGCUGUAACAUUGUAACCAAUUGGUCAACUUGGGUAAACAGUAGGCGGGACCUGCGCAAUAUGAUCGGUUCAUUCGCCGGAGGAAAUAAAAAUAACGACAGGUGAAUGGAUUAUGACGGCUCAUCCACAGGGUCAGGGGCCGAUAUAUAAUUUAUGACAACGAGUCAGGUGAUGAGGGAUUUGCGUGGCCAUCUUAGACAGAUUUUUGGGCUGUUGGUUUAUCAAAUAUAGUGGUCGCAGCCACAUUGAACAGGUUAUCGUUUUUCCCAGUGUCGUUAUAUGUAGAAAAAAACUCGGGAGGAGGGGGGGGAAUGGAAAGUGACCAUUUGUACAGGUGGCUGGCUUAGCAGUUUCAACUACAUUAGUUGAAGUUUGCACGUAUUUCUGCAAGUGAUGGUUUCAUGGUUUCUCUGGUUCUGCUUUUCCUUGAUCUUUUGAACUAGAAAGAAAAUACUUUUUUUGUUGUUGUUGAUGCACAUGUAAUUGCUUAUUAGUAAUGACUGUCAUUUUUCUUCAGACAAACUGUUGCUAUAACAGAUAAAACUUUUUAUUUCUGUUUAACCAUUUCUCUAGGCAAAAUUUGUUUUGACGACAUUGUUAUUUUUGGUGAGGUGGGGUUUUUUUUUAAAGAAAGAUUCUUGUGUAUAGAUGUACACACUUUGAAUUGUAUGUUUGUUUAGAGUUUCUAACAAGCGACUGUGCUCUUUGCUUAAAAUAAACUGUGAUAUAUACAUGUAA